UGUGGAGAAAAGGGAACCCUCUUGCACUGUUGGUGGGAAUGUAAAUUGGUACAGCCACUAUGGAGAACAGUAUGGAGGUUCCUUAAAAAACUAAAAAUAUAACUACCAUACGACCCAGCAAUCCCACUCCUGGGCAUAUACCCUGAGAAAACCAUAAUUCAAAAAGAUACAUGCGGCGCGUGCUCCGCCCACCCCGGAGCCUCGCCCUCCGCCACAAUGAGCAAAUGAUCGCCAGAGAGGGCGUGAAAUUUAAAUUCCACUCAGGGGAGAAAGUGUUGUGCUUCGAGCCUGACCCCACCAAGGCACGAGUGCUGGACGAUGCCAAGAUUGUCGAUGUUAUUGUUGGUAAAGACGAAAAAGGCAGAAAGAUCCCAGAAUACCUGAUCCAUUUGAAUAGUUGGAACAGAAGCUGGGAUAGAUGGGCAGCUGAAGAUCAUGUCCUUCGUGACACCGAUGAAAAUUGGAGAUUAUUACAGCGUAAAUUGGCAAGAAAAGCUGUAGCUCGCCUGAGAAGCACAGGAAGAAAGAGGAAGCGCUGCAGGUUGCCAGGUGUGGACUCUGUCUUAAAAAUCCUCCCUGCUGAAGAAAAAGAUGAAAAUGUUGAAAACUUAAUAAGCAGUUCCUCUGAUGACAGUAGUGAAGAAAAGGAUGAAGAAAUAAGUGAAGAAAGUGAUAUUGAAGAAAAGACUGAAGUGAAGGAAGAACCAGAGCUGCACGCAAAAAAGGAAAUGGAAGAAAGAACAAUAGCUAUAGAAAUCCCUGAAGUUCUGAAGAAGAAGCCUGAGGACGAUUGUUACUGUAUCAACAGGAGGAAACAGUUAGUGAAACUUCCAUGCCAGACCAACAUCAUAACUAUCUUGGAAUCGUACGUGAAGCAUUUUGCUAUCAAUACAGGCUUUUCAGCUAAUGAGAGGCCUCAUCACCAUCACGCUAUGCCACACGCCAACGUGAGUGUGCAUUAUAUCCCAGCAGAAAAGAACGUUGACCUUUGUAAGGAGAUGGUGGAUGGAUUAAGAAUAACCUUUGAUUACACUCUCCCAUUGGUUUUGCUCUAUCCAUAUGAACAAGUUCAGUAUAAAAAGGUGACUUCGUCCAAAUUUUUUCUUCCGAUUAAGGAAAGUACCACAAACGCUAAUAGGAACCAGGAGGAGCUCUCUCCAAGCCCACCUUUGUUGAAUCCAUCCACACCACAGUCCACAGAGAGUAGCCAACCACAGGGGAACCAGCCAACCACAGGGGAACCAGCCACCCCCAAAAGGUGCAAAGCCGAGCCGGAAGCCUUGCAGUAUCUGAGGAGGUCCACACACCACUCUGCCAUUUGCGACAGGCUGUCUGAGAGCAGCGCCUCGCCUCAGCCCAAGUGACGGCAGCAGGACACGCCUGCCAGCAUGCCCAAGCUGUUCCUGCACCUGGAAAAGAAGACAACUGUUCAUAGCACAUCAUCCUCACUUGUUCCUCUGACCCCUAGCAAAGAAGGGAGUGCGGUGUUUGCUGGCUUUGAAGGCAGAAGAACUAAUGAAAUAAAUGAGAUCCUCUCCUGGAAACUUGUACCUGACAGUUACCCCCCAGGUGACCAGCCACCUCCACCCUCUUACAUUUAUGGGGCACAACACUUGCUGCAAUUGUUCGUGAAACUUCCAGAAAUCCUUGGAAAGAGGUCCUUUUCUGAGAAGAAUCUGAAGGCUUUACUGAAGCACUUUGAUCUCUUUCUGAGGUUUUUAGCAGAAUACCAUGAUGACUUUUUCCCAGAGUCUGCCUAUGUUGCUGCCUGUGAGGUGCACUACAGCACGAAGAACCCCAGGGUGAUUUAUUAA